AUGUCUGAAGAGCUGCACAAGAUGUCUGAAUCGCUGAGCAGGAAGUGCCACUUGCUCAAUCUGCCGGUCGAGCUUGCCGACGAGAUCUGCCACUACGUUGGUGGCGAGGAUGCGAGCAAGAAACAAAUGGCCGACGUCGCCUUGACCUGUGGCGCCUUGUAUGCCGUCGCAAAUCGUAUUUUGUGGGAAGACCUUCCUGGUCUCGAACCUCUUCUCGAAGCCAUGCCCGCGGGAACCUGGGAGGACUCAGAUACACAGGAAGAAAGCGAUCUUGGCUCAUUGACUGAGUUUUGGCAACCUAUCCGGCAUCUAGUCACCCACGUCAAGACCAUCACCAUAUACCCCAUUCCACUCGCGCAGCAGGAGAAGAUUAUGCGCUGCAAUCUGAAGCGGGUCGAUUUUGACCUGCCAUUCUCCCCCCAUCCGGAAAUCCUCGAAAACCUCGCCACCAUGCCCACGCUCUCCUUUGUUUCUAUCAGGUUCUACGCACUUCUUGUUUCCGGCAAGCCCAAGUGGAUCGGCCGGCGCCCCAAAUUCCCGCAGCAUUCCUUCCCGGCACUUGAGCACCUCUAUCUUGAGGGCGUAUCCUUCGCUGACGCCAAGGCUCUUCUCGAAAGCGACGACAGGAGCAUGCUCCGGACGAUCUCCGUUGCUUCUCCCGAGCGCGAAACAUCCGCAACCCUCGCCGCGCUCCUAAAAACCAUCAAAUGCCUGUGCACUCCAGCGUACCUCCGCGAAGCGCUCUUUACACGGCUUUUGAUUUACGAUGCCGAAAACGAAUGGCCCGUCACCUUCGAACACGUCGAGCAUCUCACCUCGUUCUCCCGCCUCGAGUCCGUUGGAUUCGGUCGCUUUUGCGGCAUGGAAAUAACGGAAGAACAAUGGAUAUAUAUGGCGCAAUCGUGGCCCAACCUCCGGACGCUCGAGAUGCUCAUCCACGACAAGAACUACCAACCUGCCGAAGCACUCUGCUCCAUCGCCACGAUUACCACUGUCGUACGCCUCUGCCCGUCUCUAGAGCGCCUAAAGCUGCCAUUCGACUUCUCCAACAUGCCCGUCAUUCCCGAUGGGGUCGAAUUCCCGAAACAUACGUUCAAGCUCGUGCUGGCGGGCAUGCCCAGCCAUAUCAAGCAGACAUCCGAGGACGUGUUCGACUUCUUGGAUCGCGCUCUCUGGGGCGUCAUGAUUGACCUGGCCUAUGACUGCGAUAUGGACGCUUUCAGGAAUGAAGACACACGCUACGCGCACAAGCAGUGGACGUCCCUCAAGUAUCUCACAGAUGGGACUCAUCGAUUUUUCCCAGUCAUAGCUCAGGGGACCCGUCACGAGGACACCUCAGAGGACGAGGCGGAGUCAGAGUUCGAUACGGAGUCAGGGGUCGAUACGGAGUCAGAGGUCGAUACGGAGUCAGAGGUCGAUGCAGAGCCUUUGUGA